UUGCGGAGUUAGUUCAAAGUCCAAUUUCAAUUCAAACUGAAACUAAAACUGGUUGACAACAACUGUGAAAUGAAAUGUUUUUAGUUAAUACGUAGUGUUGGAAGGCAAAACGUAGAAGGAAGAAGACAACAUUUAAUUGAAAAUAUUAUAAAGUAAAACAAUUUUAGUCAGCAAGUUUAAUUUUAUAAAAAUAUGGCUGAUGCUUUUUCACAAUUUGAUACCAAAUCCUUGCUGUGGUCUAAACACAUUUUGUUUUUAGGAGACUCUAAUAUCCGUGCUCAAUACAAAGAUAUGGUCUGGCUGCUCAACUCCAACACUCUCAUACAAUAUUCUAAACUUAAAAGCAGACUGGAAGAGAGCUAUCUUGGAGACAAGCUGAUUCAAGGGAGUAAGCUGCACAGAGGCCGAAACUUCCAGGAGGUUAGGAGGUAUAUUGAUGCCAACAACAAAACGACAUUGGACUUCAUGUUUAUCUCUCGCUGCUACAACUCCCACAUUGAGGAGCUUUUCUGUAGCAUCGGGGAUGGCACAAGAUCAGCACCAAACGUUAUUGUUAUUAACUCCUGCUUAUGGGACAUUAAUCGAUGGGGGCCCAAUGGAGUGCCUGAAUACAAGGACAAUAUGGUCAGGUUGAUGCGUUUGAUGAGUCGAAAUCUGCCCAAGGAUUGUCUGGUCAUCUGGACGACUGCUCUACCCAUUGCUCCUCAUGUACAAGGAGGACUCAUUAUAAAACAAAUAGAGUUCAUGGAGCCACUGCUGAGAUUUGAAGUGAUGGAAGCCAAUACUUUUGCACGAGAGUUAGUGGUCAGCCAUGGCUUUGAUGUGCUGGAUAACCACUACCACACCCGCAUGCAGAUGCACAGGAGGGCAAAAGACGGAAUACACUAUUUGCCAAUACCAGUUCGUUUGAUGACCAAUUUGUUGCUGACUCAUAUAGCACUAUCCUGGGGCAUUGAGCUUCCCGGCAACAUCAGGUCUGUACUGUUGGACAAGGCAAUAGCUAUGGACUGUAAGCCCUCCAGACAGACUCCAUUGAAGGUACCGAACUAUAAAAUUUUGUCGCAGUUCAAUAAGCAUUCACCUACCCGUCAGAAUACCAGAGGACUGAAAAUCACAUUUGAAACAAGUGAAGACAAAUGUACAUCAAGGGUAUGUAGCUAUUCUCAAGAAGGUUUGGAGCAGCUAGAUUCUAAAAGGAAAUAUGUUUAUCCUAGCCAAAAGGCAAGAUAUCAGCAGAUAUCUGAAGGAUGUUCAGGCAUUUCUCAGAACUCUCAAAGCACAUCACAACGUGAGCAGCUUUUGAACCGUGAGACUCAAACUCGCCCUGAGCACUCUGUGGGACCAUUCAGACGAAAUAAGAGAAAGAGAAGUAAGAGGAAAAAUCCGUAUUACAGUAAAUACAAUCAUCGAUACUGAAAUCCUUCAUAAUUCUCAAAUUUUGACUUUCUCUCAUACAAUAAGGUUUGAGUUAUGUACCAAAUGUAGUUAUUAUACAGUUUACUGAGGUUACCUAAAAUUGGUGAUUUUAAAUAUUGUUUAAAUUUAUUUGUAUUAAAACAACAUUUUUUAAUGUGUCUUUACAAAGUGUUAAUCUUAUUUUGUGUGAAACAAUGUUCAUAUUUAACUAAAGAAAUUGUUCUUUUUUGUGUGUUGUUGUACUAUACAACGCUUCUUUAUCUUAUUAAAUAAAGAAAACAAUAUUUGUUUUAUAACAGA